AUGGCUUUACACUUCAUUCUGCUCAAACCAUUCUUGCUGUUUUCCAAAUUCAUGUUCCUCUUUCCUCACAAAAAUUACUGGCAGAUAUGCGACAGUUGGAAACUGUAUUCAAACAUCGCUUACGUCUGCUUUGUUUCGGUUGAGAUAAUUACUGUUACAUAUCUUUUGAGUUUGAAUCUGUUCAAAACAUACACUGCGGUACUUUUUGCAUUUAGUUGUUCUUUAGAUAUCAUCACCAUAGGCACCCACGUUGCUGCUUUCACAUUAAAGAAGGAACCAAUUAACAAUUUUCUCGAAUGUAUUGGAUAUUUAUAUAAGAAAAAUUGCAAACAUGUUUCAAUUAAUGUCAUUUUUUGGUCAGUCAUUAUGCUUGUUAUAUUUCUGACACAUUUAUACAACUACACAACAGCCUUCCUUCAAUCUCUGGAUAAUUGGUGUCCUAUAGUCAUCGCGUUCAUUUACUUAAUUAUGUACACAAUCCUGAUGCAGAUCGUUUAUUUUCUAGACUUCUUAAAAGGGCAGUUUCUAACAUUGACAAGCUCUAUUGGAGACACAGAGUCCACUCUUUUGAAUCAGGUGGAGGAGCAUUGGCAAUUGGUCGAACUGUGCCACGAUGUCAACGAGCUGUAUUCCAAACAAUUGUUGUUUGGGAUGUUCAGGUUGUUCUUAGUCCUGACUGCGGACUCUUUUUUCUUAAUUUAUAAUCUUGUCAGGUUCAGCAACCAUCCACAAAUCUUAAAGAUUGUAUAUCCUUCAGCCACUAACUUCAUCUGGUCACUAACCAUGCUCCUCGCUACCGGGCAUACUUGCGAAUUGACAAAGGAAGCGGCUGACAGUUUUCACACUGCACUCUCUGGUGUACUAAGAAAACAUAAAAAUAUCAACAAUGAAAUACUAGUAUUGUAUUUGCAUAUGAAGCCUUCAGUAAAUCUGAAUGUAUGUGGGUUCUUCUCUCUAGGUAGGCACGCAAUUAGUUCGGUUUUAGCUGUAGUUGUGACGUAUCUAGUAAUUUUGGUCCAGAUCAGUAACCCAACUACAGUGGAAGAAGAUAAUAAAUAA